GCCUUCCUUUGCGUUUUUCUUCAUCGGUCAUUCCUUUAUCUUUACCUCAAAGUCUGGCGUUGUUUUGCUAAAAUCUCGCAAAAGAAAAAAAGUUUAAAAAUUGCCGCAAAUGAAGUGAAUUUGCUUGUGUUCUUAUAACUCCUAUGUAAACAAACUAUGAAUUUCUUUAUACCACACGAACAAGUGAAGCGGGAGGGAAUCUACCUCCAGCAACAUCUUCCAGCACAAUUGCUUCCACCUGGAUUUCAGCAGUCACAUUCGCAGCAACAGCCAGGACAAACACAACAGCUCAUUCAAAAUCCCUUCCAUCCACAAGGGAUGGUAGUUAACCUUAAAAAAGAAUUCGAUCCGUACGAGAAAAAUACUCCCCCAUUAGGGGCCAAUGUCGUCGUUCAGCACAUUACUCAACAGCUCAAUGUUCCUUCACUGUUGUCUUCGGCGGGUGAACCACUGCAACUACAGGAACAGGAAUCAUCCACUACUCCGGCAACGAAUACGGGAAAAAAGAAAAAGAAGACAAAGGCCGCCAAAACAAUUGUCUUGCCACCGUUGCCGGAAGGAUUCAUAGUCAAAAUAAAAGAAGAAUACAAUGAGAACUACGUCCGGACAGUCACCAAAAUUCCGGAGGAUCAAUUCAUAAGGACGAUAAAGCCACCUGGGAAAAAAGAACGCAAAUACCACGAUUAUAACGUUAUUAGUGAAUAUCGUUGCGAUAUGUGUGGCAAGUACUUCAAAGACAAGUAUAAACUCAACUAUCAUGUCCGGAUCCACAGCCCGGAACUAUCGCACAGAUUUACUUUCAGGUGUGAUGUUUGCGGUAAGGUUUUCGCCCAUCAAUCUACACUCAGCAAUCACAAGCGUAUCCAUUCUGGUGAACGUGCAUUUAAGUGCGCAACGUGCGGCAAAGCGUUCGUACAAAGCUCUGCUCUGUCAAACCACACAAAAAUUCAUACCGGAGAGCGACCACACGAGUGUCUGAUCUGUGGCAUCAGCUUUAUCCAAAAGAUCAACCUGAUUUAUCACAUCCGAAUCCAUAGCAACGAACGCCCUUACCGAUGCAACAUCUGCAAUAAGUCAUUCAUCCAGCAGAGCCAUAUCAAGAACCACAUGAAGGUUCACAAGAAGGAUAAUCCGUUGGAUUGUAGCAUUUGUGGGAAAAGUUACACGGAUCUCAACGAGUUGACCGAGCACUAUUCGUCUCACACGGUCGAGUUGCCAUUUCGCUGUCAAACUUGCGGCAAGUGCUUCGCCCAAGCGAACCAUUUGAAAAUCCAUAAGAAAAAUUUUUGCAAUAAAAAUUAGAAGUCAACAGUGGCCAGUAUUGCGGUGCUGAACGAAUCCUGAGAUCGGGUUUGGUUGCAAUUUACCGUCGUUACUUUACACACUGAUGUUAAGUUGAGCAGAAGUGAAAACUAUUUUAUGUAGCAUGUUUUGUAUUACAUUUAAACUGACAACCUAUUAUUAUUACUAUUACUACAGUGUGCUCGGCAUACAAAGCAGGUUUUUAAUUAUUUUUGUGAUAGUGGAACUAAAACAUGUUUUCAUUACCUGUGUAAGACGUAAACUAAAUGAUGAACAAGAGCUAGUAGAACAUUGGUAAUCUGGAUUCAAUAAAAAAUAUUAGUAAACAAA